UGUAGUAUUUGCCAUUCGUGAUCAAUCGCAGCCAUCUAGAAAAAUAAAAAUUCCCUCGCGUGCGCUCCUCCAUCACAUCCUCUUGCGUCGCAUGAUCCGGCGGGAGCGCUCUCGGUGAUGCCGCCGGCGAUCGCUUUGGCGUCGGCGUCGGCGUCGAUGCGCGGCGGCGAAGGCGCGAAGGGUACGGCGCGGCGCCCGGACCGCGUGCUGGCCGCGCGCCGGCGGCGAGCUGCCGUGCUGCUCCUCGCUCUAGCGUACACGGCGGCUAUGCUUGUGCUCCUCCUGGGCGCUGACGGCACGGGCCUGGGCACAGGUGGUGGACGCGUGGUGGUAGGUGCGCCGCGUCCGCGGGCGCGGGCGCCAGCGCCGCCCGGAUCGGUGUACCGCAGCCACCUCGUGUUCGAGCGGCUCCUGCCGGAAAUGCGCGCCCUCGCCUCUCGUCCUAGCCCGUUAAUGGCAUCCCAUUAUAAAAAGUCUGGAAAGAGAUGGGUACCUUGCAUCAGAAAGAGAUUGACACAAUCAGCGUUACCACCUUCAAAUGGUUUUCUCGUAAUUGAAGCAAAUGGUGGUCUGAAUCAGCAACGCAUUUCUAUUUGUGAUGCUGUUGCUGUGGCAAGCUUACUUAAUGCAACUCUUGUCAGCCCAGCUUUUCAUCUGAAUAGUGUUUGGCGUGAUUCUAGCAAAUUUGGUGAUAUAUUUGAUGAAGACCAUUUUAUUGAGACACUCCGAAAACAUGUAAGGGUUGUCAAAGAACUUCCUGAAAAUGUUUCUGCGCAGUUUGACCAUAAUAUCAGCAGUAUACCGAAUAUGAGAACCAAAGCCUUCUCGUCUCACAGUUACUACCUAGAAAAGGUGCUUCCGAAACUGUUGGAGCUAGGGGCUGUGCGUAUUGCUCCUUUCUCAAAUAGAUUGGCUAAUUCAGUUCCAUCAAAUAUCAAUGCGUUGAGAUGUUUGGCAAACUAUGAGGCAUUGAGAUUUUCUGAACCCAUAAGAAUUCUUGCAGAUAACAUGGUUGACCGAAUGAUCAAGAAGAGUGCUUUGACUAGUGGGAAGUACAUGUCAGUUCAUCUUCGCUUUGAAGAGGAUAUGGUAGCUUUCUCAUGCUGUAUAUAUGACGGUGACUGGAAGGAGAAUAUUGCAAUGGAGAAUGCUCGCGAAAGGGGCUGGAGAGGGAAGUUUCGCCGACCAGGUCGAGUGAUAAAUCCCGAGGCCAAUCGGAGGAAUGGGAGAUGUCCUUUAGCUCCUAUAGAGGUUGGAAUGAUGCUGCAUGGCAUGGGGUUUGAUAAUACUACCUCACUCUAUGUUGCCUCUGGUAAAAUAUACAAUGCUGAGAAGUAUAUGACUCCUCUUCGCGAGUUGUUUCCACUUCUACAAACAAAGGAAACGCUCACUUCACCUGAGGAGCUUGCACAGUUCAAGGGGCAUUCAUCCAGACUGGCCGCAUUGGACUACACAGUCUGUCUAUGGAGCGAAGCCUUUGUAACGACUCAAGGAAGCAAUUUCCCUCAUUUCCUGAUCGGACACAGGCGUUAUUUGUAUGGGGGGCAUGCAAAGACAAUAACACCAGAUAAACGGAAAAUGGUGCUACUCUUUGACAACCCGGAUAUCAGAUGGGAUCGGUUCAGGCACCUCAUGCAGGAUAUUCGUCGCCAAAGUGAAUCGAAAGGUUUCGGGUUCAGGAAACAGCAUGGAUCGAUAUACAACCUCCCGAUGCCCGACUGCAUGUGUCAGCAAGCUGAAGCAUGAUGAUGUAGAGUACCGAUUUAUGUACUUGUAAGUAGGAGUUACACAUAGAAAUUUGUUACAUUUUUUUUGUCUGUAGGUAAAGAGUACUGUAGUAGACUAGAGAUGCCAAAUCGUGUGGUUGUCGAUAUGAAAUCCAGCCCAGAGAUGCAGUUAUGCUGUCUGAAAUGAAAGAGAGCCUUGUUUUUUCUUUUCUUCAGAAUAUGCCACAGCCUAUAUUGACUAUAAUACCCAAACUUAACUUUGAGUUGAGAA